AUGAAAAAGAAUUCUUCUGAUAUUUUACGGUCUAAUAGUGUGAAGGUUGUUGUUAGAGUUAGACCCCUUAAUGAAAGAGAAAUUGCUCGAGGUGCAAAAUGUUUAGUAUCUGUUGAUACAACUGAUGGGCAAACCUUGAUUGUAAAAUCUCCGGAUGACGCUGAUUCUGGAAAUUUUAAGGUUUUAAGAAGAAGAAUACCUGAGUUUAGAACAUUUUCGUUUGACAAGUGUUUAUGGUCUGUGGAUAAAACAGAUCGUCAUUUUUCAGGUCAAGAUGCUUUAUAUAAUUAUUUGGGUAAAGAAUUUGUUUUUCAUUCUCUUGAAGGUUAUAAUACAUGUAUAUUUGCUUAUGGUCAAACUGGUUCUGGUAAAACUUAUUCAAUGAUUGGUAGCUUGAAUGAUCCUGGGCUUAUGCCAUUGACAUGUAAAUAUUUGUUUGAUCAGAUUGCAAAACGUUCGAAGAUGGAUAUAUGCUUUACUGUUACUGUAUCAUAUUAUGAAAUUUAUAAUGAAGUUGCUAUGGAUCUUUUACGUGCUAGGGAUGUUAAUCAGCGUUCUGUGGCUUUGAAAGUUCGAGAAAGUCCUAUUGAUGGUCCUUAUUUGGAGAAUUUAUCUGAAUUUCAAGUUACUAGUCUUGAUGAUGUUCUUGCCUUUAUUCGAGUGGGUAAUAAUGCAAGGAUUACUGCUAGUACACGUAUGAAUGAUACAUCUAGUCGUUCACAUGCUAUUUUUACAAUAAAGAUAAAACAAGUUUAUUUGGAUAAAAAUAGUAAAAGGACUGUUGAGAAAAUAUCUCGGUUUAGAUUGGUUGAUUUGGCUGGCUCUGAAAGAGCAUAUGCAACUGGAUCUACCGGUUCUAGAUUGAAAGAAGGUGCUUCAAUUAAUAAAUCUUUGACUAGUUUAGGACGUGUUAUCACAUAUCUUUCUGAAGGGAAACCUGAAAGCAUAAUUCCAUAUCGUGAUUCUGUUUUAACUUUCUUACUUUCUGAUAGCUUAGGCGGUAAUAGUAAAACUGCUAUGGUAGCUUGCAUCUCUCCUUCUGAUUAUGAUGAAAGUCUUUCUACGCUCCGGUAUGCAACUGCUGCAAAACAUAUACACACCAAUGCUAUUGUUAAUGAGACGAGAGAAAGGAAGUUUUUGUGUAACGCUGAUAUAGAAAAAGAACUUGAUGAUAUGACACGAUUACUUGCUGAAGUUCAGGCUGAAAAAAAUGCAUUAGAAGGACAUAAAUAUGAGUCUAUAAAAUUACGAUUUACAAUAAAUAGUUUAAAAGAUGUAUAUGAAACACGUAUAUUAUCAUUAGAAAAGGAAAAUGAAGCACUUAGGACGCAUUUAAGAUUAGCGAUUGAUUCUAUUCGAAAUCCUAUUUCUUUUCCUGAAACAACUGAGUUUGAAUCUGGUAUUAAUAGUGAUGUUCUUAGAGAAUAUGAUUGCAUUGAUGAUGAUUUCGAAAUACUUCAACAUGAUAUAGAUUCUUUGAAGUUUGACCUUAUUGAACUUGGUCAUGAGAUAAAUUGGUAA